AUGGCCUCUCCGGCUCCCACCGUUUCACCUCUUUGCUGCUCGGUGUGUGAAAUGUUUAGCUAUUCCUCUGCCUCCUUUAGUGAAGACGGUAAGUGCUUAAAGUGUAGCUUAUUUGCAGGGCUGGAGGCGAGGCUCAGUCAGUUAGAGGUCCGGUUCGGCCAACUAAACCAUAGUCCGAGAGCCUCCUCAGCUAACCAGGCUAAGCUAGCGACGGACCGGCCUGUAGCAGCUGAGCGUAGCCGCUCCCCUGCAGCUCCCGAGCAGCCGGCCAGUCAGGACCGCUGGGUGACGGUUCGGAGGACGCGUAGUCCUAAUGGGUUCACGGAACACCACCACCCGCUUCAUGUGUCUAACCGUUUUUCCCCACUCAGCGACACAUCUGUUGAGAAACCGACCCUGGUAAUUGGAGACUCUAUUGUGAGACAUGUGAGGCCGACUCCAGAGACCUUAGUUAGGUGCAUCCCGGGGGCCAGAGCGGGCGACAUAGAAGCAAAUUUGAAGCUGCUGGCAAAGGGUAAUCGUAAAUAUGGUAAAGUUAUCAUCAAUGUCGGAGCUAAUGACUCCCGUCUUCGCCAGUCGGAAGUAACCAGAAUUAAUAUUGUCUCGGUGUGUAACUACGCCAAAACCAUGUCGGACUCCGUAGGUUUCUCUGGUCCCCUCCCCAAUCUGACCAGCGAUGACAUGUUUAGUCGCAUGCUCUCACUCCGCCGCUGGUUGUCUCAGUGGUGUUCAGAAAACGACGUGGACUUUAUUGACAACUGGGAGACAUUCUGGGGAAAGCCCGGUCUGAUUAGAAGGGACGGCAUUCAUCCCACCCGGGGUGGUGCAGCUCUUAUGUCUAGAAAUCUGGCCAAUGUU